AUGAAGUUACUCAUCAACGGCCUCAUUCUUCACGGCUACUCCAUAAAAUCCGGUUACAAUCCUACAGUCUUUUCUUGCAAUCAGCUUAUUCAUUUAUUCUCCAAGCAUGGCUUACUACAAGAAGCUUGCAACCUGUUCGAUGAAAUGCCUGACCGAAACGUCUUCACUUGGAAUGCCAUAAUUUCUGCCCAUAUAAAGUCCCAUAACUUGGCUAAGGCGCAGGGUCUGUUCGACGCUGCCCCACAUAGAGAUUCCGUCACUUACAAUUCUAUGUUGUCGGGUUAUGCAAACAGUGAUGGCUAUGAAAAACCGGCGAUUGAUUUCUUUAUGCAGAUGCAUUCUGUGGGUUAUGAUGGGCUGAUUGAUGAAUUUAGUCUGACCAGGAUGUGUAACUUGACUGCAAAACUACGGAACUCACGCCACGCGAAACAAUUGCAUUCGUUCAUGGUGAAAACUGGGAAUAAUCUAAGUGGGUUUGCAGUCAGUGCUCUCGUUGAUAUGUAUUCAAAAUGUGGGUGCUUUAGUGAAGCUUACGAGGCCUUUAAUGGAUGUUAUAGUGGGUCAGUGGAUGUGGUUUCUAAAAAUGCAGUUGUUGCUGCUUGCUGCAGAGAAGGAAGGUUAGACAUGGCCAUGGAACUUUUCUCAACCCAGCCGGAGUUUAACGAUGUGGUUUCGUGGAAUACGAUGAUCACAGGCUAUGCCCAAAAUGGGUGUGGUAAAGAUGCCAUUGAAUUGGCUGUUUGUAUGGCAAAUAAUGGAUUUAGAUGGAAUGAGCACACUUUUGCUAGUGUUUUAAGUGCUUGCUCUUCUUUAAAGAGUUUAAAGUUGGGAAAAGAACUUCAUGCUAGAAUCUUGAAGGAGAUAACGAGCUUGAAUCCUUUCAUUAGUAGCGGGAUCGUUGAUGUCUACUGCAAGUGUGGUAACAUGAAGUAUGCUGAAUCAGCCAAUUCUUUAAUUGGUACCGAAAACAAGUUUGCAACAACUUCAAUGAUCGUGGGAUACUCUUCACAACACAAUAUGAAAGAAGCCCGAAGGAUUUUCGAUUCUUUAACUGUAAAGAAUCCUGUAGUUUGGUCGGCUAUGUUUUCUGGGUAUUUGCACUCGCAUUGCAUUGAAGAUGUUUUUGAGCUAUUUCGCUUGUUCAAUACCGAAGAAACAACAGUUCCUGAUGGUUCGAUUCUUGCCAGCUUUCUUGGUGCAUGUGCAAUACAAGCCACCAUGGAUCUUGGAAAACAGGUACAUUCUUAUCUAUUCAGAAUGAACAUUCACAUGGAUGAGAAAACAAUUAGCGCGUUGAUUGACAUGUACUCGAAAUGUGGGAACAUAAUGUAUGGAAAGAGAAUCUUUGAAAGGCUCACAUUUAGAGAUUCAGUCAUAUACAAUAUCAUGAUAGCUGGUUUUGCUCACCAUGGUUAUGAACUUGAAGCUUUUCAACUCUUCGAUAAUAUGGUCAGAAGUGGUUUCACCCCAGAUACAGUAACUUUCAUUGCGAUCUUAUCAGCUUGUCGUCACUGUGGCUUAGUUGAAACGGGUGAAAGUUAUUUCAUGUCAAUGAUAGAAGAGUACAAGAUAACACCUGAAAUGGAUCACUAUGCUUGCAUGAUCGAUCUUUAUGGGAGAGCUAAUCAACUUGAGAAAGCAAUGGAGUUCAUGAGAAAGAUUCCAAGAGAAUUGGAUGUGGUUGUAGUGAGAACAUUCUUGAAUGCUUGUAAGCUUCACCGGAAUCUUGAAAUAGCACGAGAAUCAGAAGAAAAGUUGCUCAGAAUUGGGGGAGACAGUGUUACGAGAUACGUGCAGUUGGCUAACAUUUAUGCUUCAGAAGGGGAGUGGGAGGAGAUGGGAAGGAUAAGGAAGAAGAUGAGAUCGAAUGAAGUUAGUAAGGUUGCGGGUUGCAGUUGGGUUCAUGUUGGGAGUAACGUUCAUAGUUUCACAUCUGGCGAUACGUAUCAUUCAGAAGCUGAAGCUACUUAUGGUAUUCUGGAUCUCUUGAUUGCGGAAAUGAACAACAAAGAAGAGAUGCAACUGUGUUUCUAA